UCGUGGAGUCACCGGCGCGAGUGCCGCCUGAUAGUAUAUUCAAUAUAAAACCUGCGCGCUGUGCGCUCGGCUUCUCAAUACCUCGGCAGCGGGGCGGUCUCCACAGAAAACAAACAAUUCAAAAACAUAUGAGAGUGCAUUGAAGACUACCGGUAACCAUGAGUGGUGAGAACAACAAUGGAUUCACAAUGGAAGAUCCUCCGCCAACAACGUCGGCUGACUCAACGUGGAUCCCUGACUCUACACCGCCCUUAACUACGGCACCCUCAGGUCCGGCACCUGAGUACUCGAAAAUGAAAUGGUCAACGAAUGGUCAUGAUCAACCAAUGUCACCUCCACCUAUCAUAAAAGUACCGUUAGAACAAUCUGAGACAGCAAAACAAGAUGCUGAUGCAGAAAAAGCAGAACCACAGCGAGCGAUGUGGGAUAACCAGAUCGAAUUUCUUAUGUCGUGUAUCGCCACUUCAGUGGGCCUUGGCAACGUCUGGCGAUUCCCAUUCGUCGCUUACAAAAAUGGCGGAGGGGCUUUUCUCAUUCCUUAUAUUAUAGUCCUGUUUCUAGUCGGAAAACCUAUGUACUACUUAGAAUGUAUUGUGGGACAAUUCAGUUCAAGAAAUUCUGUAAAAGUUUGGUCACUGUCACCUGCAAUGAGAGGUAUAGGCUACGCGCAAGCACUCAGUUGCAGCUACAUCGUGACCUACUACGUGUCCAUCGUAGGACUGUGCUUGUAUUACCUGGCAAUGAGCUUCCAGGCGGAGCUGCCCUGGUCGAAAUGUGAUCCUGAGUGGGCCAACUGUGUGCCAUCAGCCCCCAACCACGACAUCAUUACAACAAACGAAAGCAGAAGUAGCGCUGAACUUUACUUUGUUCAUACGGUUCUGCAACAAAACAAGGGCCUGGAAGAAGGACUUGGAGCUCCUGUAUGGUAUUUGGCGUUAUGCCUUUUCGCGUCUUGGGUCAUCAUCUUCGUGAUUGUAGCUCGAGGAGUCAAGAGUUCUGGAAAAGCUGCUUACUUCCUUGCCAUAUUUCCAUAUGUGGUUAUGCUCAUCUUACUCAUCACUACAUUAUUACUGAAUGGCGCUGGUAAAGGAAUCCUCUUUUUCAUUACACCGCAAUGGGAUAAACUUCUAAAACUUGAGGUAAAUGUUAAAAAUAUUAAAGCUCUAUUAAGCUUAACAAUUUCUACCGUUGAAAAUAUCUUUGCGAUUUGAUUUAAAUUUUGACUUAAAACUACACUUGCGAGCAAAAGUAUGGAAUCACUUACAUGAAGUUGUUU